AUGUUGUUCCGGUCGCUCGUGGCCGCCAGCGCCCUCUCUCUGUGCGCCUCAGCCUUUUUGGUUGUUCCAGAGGUCCACCAUCCUUCCCAAGAGCACGGUAAUCUACCUGGGUCUCACGCGCUUGAACUCGCGAAUGCCCAUAGCGAGACUUUUCGACUGCUUUGCGAUGACUGCCCGUUCCCGGAGACCAUAGAGGAUGGUGUUGUCAUUUGGUCUGAGAACACCAAGUCGUCUCUGGAACUGAACUUCCGCACUGAAAAUGGCAACCUCUAUAUCAACAACGCACACAUCUUCCCCGUCACAUUCGAUUCCGUCGAAAUCGUCACAGCCGUCCAACGCCGAGACUCCGAUGGCCAGGAAACCGAGCCCUUGAAGCUGGGCUUCGCUCUUAUGGCUCUGCCUCUUGCGCCUCCUCAGGAUGACAUGGAACUUGUUCAGAUUCGAUUUUCUCCCCUCGACAUCGAAGGACACCCGGCUCCUCUCGACACUGUCUCGAUCACAGCUAUCCAGACUACAGCAGGAGAACUUUUCAUUCUACGAACUGAGGUUGAGCUUCCCGCUGGCCAGGAUGACCAUGCUUCAUGGAAAAAGUGCAACGGCGACACUCAGUGCUUGAGGCGCUUGAUCUUCGAUCGUAUCCGGGCUUUGGUCCAAUCUGCUCAGGCCCAUAUGAUGAACUUGAAGUCGAAGCUCGGACUUGGAAAGGGCUGCCACGGCAAGCCUCUCCCUAUUGCUCCUCAGACGCUGGGCCCCGACUUUUUCGGACUCGAGGAAGGCCACCGCUUCCAUGGCCAGCCUCCUCACCCACACCCACACCAUCACCACAUGCACGGUCUUCGCCGUACUUUGUUCCGCGUUGUCCGCUUCGUUCUUGUCCCUGCCGUUCUUGGAAUUUUCGCUGGUCUUACUGCCAGCGCCAUCGGUAUGCUCGUCGGACAGUCUGUCGUUUUCCUCUGGAUGCGCUACCGACGCGGCUCUAAGCCUGCCCGCUCAACUUCGACCUUGGAGCAAGGCGACAUCUCCGAGAAGGCUGUCCUCUUGAUGGAGGAAGAAGUCGUCAACGAAGAACUCCCUCCUUACACUGAUGAAGAUCACGCUCUUUCCGAUACCAAAUAA